CCCUACUCUCUCUCUCCUCCAUCGACUUUGCUCACGUACCAUCGACAGAAGAAAGAGCAGAAAGCAUCAGCAGAAACACACAGAUCACACGUCUCCGCACCCGUAUAGCCCCUCUCCCAAUUUCCCCCCUCAAGAGGCUAUGCAGCGACCGCCAGGAACUCAAACCCCAACGCGGCCGACCCAACAUCAGCAGCAGCACCACCAGUCAUCUCCCUUUGCGGGCCAUCAAAGGCCAGCUCUACCGCCGGGAAUGAACAUUGGACAGACGCAAUCUGCCUCGGGAGCAGGAUCAGUGGGCAAUGCGGCGCCGGGAGCUCCUUCUGGCGCGCCAGGGCUUCCAGGUGGCAUGGGCUCGCGAAUGGGCUUUCCGCCAUCAGGAAUGGGCUCACCAGCAGCCGUACGAAGCAUGGGACCGGCAGGCUACGCAGCUCGAUCAGGCGGAGGAUCGCAUGGCAACACCGGUGCAGGCAGCUACCUCUUUGCGGGAGGAGGCGGAGGAGGAGGAGCGGGUAGCUACGGUCAAGGUCAAGGCGGCGGUAAUUUGGAUAUGAGUGAUUUCCCAGCUCUUGGAUCUGCAGGCGCUGGGGUCAGCCAGGGUCAAACCUCGUCACUAGCCUCAACGCUGAGCAACGCAGCAUCGCGAGGCGGAGCAGCUUCCUCAGGCCAAGGAAGUGGCUUCACAAGCGACGACUUCCCAGCACUUGGAGCUCCCUCAGCGGCAGGAGGCAUGACAGGCGGGCCACAACAUUUCGCGAAUGGCAGCCAAGCACAGUCAGCGGCGACAGCGGCUGCAGCAGCAGCAGCGGCAGAACAGGCAUCAGCAGCGGCCGCUCUCCAACAUCAGGCGUCGCAGAGGGAAGCGCACAGAUUGGGCAUGCUGUCCAAUGUCAACGGAUCGCCCCAAGCUGCCAAUCGAGGGACAGGUCAGGGCCAGCCUCCAGCCUUGAAUGCUGCGCGAGGAGGCUUCGGAGAGAUGGAGAGGAACUACGCCACGAAGCUAGGUAGCUCGCAACCAACAGGCAUGCCCGCUCUGUCAACAAACACAGGCGGCGCUCAAUCAUGGUCACAAGCAGAGGGAGGAGCAUCCAACACGAAUGGCACGGGCGCAAGAGGGACAGGUCCGCAUCCGCCCUCGACGACCACGCCCGCCUCGCAGAUACUGUACUCGCCAGCGGAUCGGUUCGGUCUCAUCGGAUUGCUGAGGAUCAUCAAGCUGCAAGCCGCAGGGCCGGGGGCAGGGGGCGUCAAUGGAGCCCCGCCAGAGGAUGUGCAGAUGUUGGCGUUGGGCACGGACUUGCAAACGUUGGGACUGGAUGUAGGGAGCGAGCACCCGCUCUAUCCCGACUUCCAUACUCCCUGGUCUUCGGAUGCUCACCCCCUCCAACGCUCGCAACGAAGCAUGGUCGAGCCGGACUUCCACCUGCCCUCCUGCUACAAUGUCCAACCGCCACCACCUGCCCAAACAAAGGUCGCAAACUUCUCAGACGAGACACUCUUCUUCAUCUUCUACUCCACUCCGCGGGACGUCCUCCAAGAAGUGGCAGCAAUGGAGCUGCAUCACCGCAACUGGCGCUUCCACAAAGAGCUGCAAUUGUGGCUGACAAAGGAGCACAAUAUGGAGCCGACGCAGAAGACUCCGAUGUACGAGAAGGGGCAGUAUGUCUUUUGGGACGUAGAGAGCUGGCAAAGGGUCACCAAGAACUUUGUGCUGCUUUAUGAGUUGUUGGAGGACAGGCCUGCACUAGCUGCUCAGGCGCAGGCGCAGCAGGCCCAGGCUAUGCAGCAGCAGCAGCAGCAAGGCGGUGGACCUGGUGGCCAGGCAGAGCUUCAGACUGCUGGCGCUGGCGCGGCACCGUCCACACCGUCACAGGUGAGUACGCCUGCUCAGACGCAAGCGCAGCCCGCGGGCAGAUGAGGCGAGCGUGCCGCGCCACGGUACGGGUCGAGAUCUCUCUCUCUCUCCUCUUGUAAAACAAGGUCGAUCAGCUCCAUUCCAUCCCAUUCACUGAG